AUGCUCGUCGCCCUCUCCCGCUCCCGUGCGCUCAAGCCGCUGGCCGACGCCACCUCCGCCACCGUCGCCGCGCUCAGGGCGCCACGGGCCCUCGCCGCCGCGUCCUCCCCGGUCGCCGCCUCCAAGUCCUACAAGGCCGCACGCACGCUCGGCCCCGCCGCGCGCCUCCCCAAGCUCCCCUCCGACGAGCGCCUCAAGGCCGCCUUCGCCGCCGCCCACGGCGGCGGCGCGGCGCUGGCGGCACUGGGUGCAGAUGAGAAAGGGGCCGGCGAGGAAGAGGAGGACGCGGCGGAACACACCGAGAGCUCGAAUCAGGCGAAGGAAGGUCGGAAGGAGGGCCCGACGGCGGACCAGCGCCGGGGCUUCUCCGAGUGCGCCGCGCUCGUGCGCUUCGCCGAUGCCGACGCCAACGCCGUUGAGGAUGACCUGCGCCGCGCCUUCAUGGUCUUCGACGCCGACGGCAACGGCCUUCAUCAUGCCCGCCGAGCUCGCGUGCGUCCUGCCGUGGUUGAGUGCCAGCCAGAGCGGGGAAGCGUCGAGGCCGAGGAGGUUGCAGGGCGCCCGCGCGCGGAGCACCGCGGAGAUGGAAGCGGAGUGGAGAAGAAAGAAUGCAGGGGCAUCGGCGGUCAUUUGCUUGGUCAGGCCGACUCGGAUCCAGCAUGGAGCGAUGAUCUGUUCCCCUCAGACAGGACGUCAAUCCUUGUUCCUAGCGAGCUGCGGGACUUCCUCUUGUACAAGGCCUUCCUGUCUUCGGAUCCAUCCACAGGAGAUUACUUUGUGGUGCUAAUCCACAACCCACGUUCACAGCUCUCGUUUGCAAGGGCAGGGGAUGAUAAAUGGACGUGGUUGCCACCACACAACCUAUAUGAAGACUGCCUAUUUCAGGAUGGGCUGUUGUAUGCCUCCACUUCAUUGGGAGAAAUUCACGCUUUCGAUCUUGUUGCCCCUGCAUCUGCACGGAAGAUAGUUGCAGACAGCAGAUUUUCUAUAUCUGAUAGGAUUUACAUUGUUCAAGCUCCAUGUGGUGAAUUGAUGCAAGUCUGGAGAUCUGAUACUUUCCCACUAGAGGAUGAAGAAGAUGAAUAUGAUUCAGAAUUAGAACCUGAGUUAGACCAUGAGGCUGACCAGUCCAAUACCAACACGAUCAAACUAUAUAGCGUGAACCUUACAUCAAAAGAGCUUGUUGAAGUAAAUACCUUGGGUGAGUAUGUGCUGUUCAUUGGGCGCAACCAAUCACUUUGCCUUUCUGCCAAAGACUAUACGCAGCUGGAGACAAAUCAUGCCUACUUCACUGAUGAUAACUAUAUCGACAUUUCCUUCUACAAGAAUGACAGGCGUGAUAUUGGUGUGUUUAACUUGGAAAAUAACAGCCAAAAGGAAAUUGUAUCCCCUCAGCUCUGGUCCAACUCUCCAACCCCUGUGUGGCUAAUUCCAAAUCCAAGGAGAAUAAUGAAUUUGGCAUUGCAGAAUUAG